GAGUUUAGAGAGUGAUAUCAAAGGCAAACAAGUCGUUUCUGCUGACGAUUGUGUGGUUUGUUUAGAGCCAUUGACUAAUGAUGCUAAUGAACGAACUGUGGUUAACCUUCGAUGUAGCCAUAGGUUUCAUUUGGGUGAGCACUAAAUAAUAUUUUUAUUCAUUUUGAGAAAAAUAGAUUCAAUUUUAUUUUAUUUGUUUCUGUUGAUUUAUGUCCCUUUUCGAUUUGCUUAGAGAUUCUUACUAUUACAUGUUUCCUACAGAUUGUUUGGGUUCACACUUCAAUACAAAGAAGAGGAUGGAAUGUCCAUGUUGUAGACGGAUCGAAAAAGGUCAUUGGUUGUUGGCAAAGCCUGUAGAUCCACACCCUCCAUUUCCGUAUAUCGAUAAUACGCGUUUUCAUCUUGACAUAAGAGAUUAUAUGUUUCAAAUGUCAACUAGGGUGGGGAGUGACAGUACUCUGCUGCCUCCUAUUUCUACUACGUUACCUCCAUAUGUUCUGAACCAAGUCACUAACAAUCGCAGCAUGAGGAUUCACCACUGGGGUGACACUUCGUUGGACAGAAGGAUGCAGCGUCAUGAGAGAAACGAACGUACUGUUGAUAGAGAACGUCGUUUCCACAACAUGAUGUAUGAACGUCAUGGCAGGACCGGAGGAAGUGGUUAUGGCGGUGAAAGAAGCGGCAGGGAAGCGGUGGCGGAGGAAGUUGAGGCGGGGGAAGCAGCAGAAGGGGCGGAAGUGACGGAAGAGUAGUUGUG